UGAACGGCGCCGCCCUCCCCAAAUCGCCCCCUUUCCCCACCAAUUCCCCACCCCACCUCGCUCCCCCAAAGUCGGCAGCCGGAGCGCCAUGGCUGAACCCAACUCAUACGAGGAGCAGCGCAGGAGGCACGUGGAGGAGAACAAGCGGAAGCUGGGCGAGCUGCGCCUGCACCACCUCUCCGCCGCCGUCCGCGACGCCGCCGUCAAGCCCAUGCCGCCACAGACCAAGCAGCUGAAGCUGCGGAAGGCUGCCGCGCCGCCGGCGCCGACCCGGCGGUCCGGACGCGUAGCCAGUCUUCCCAGGCAACCUGAUUACCGCAACAUCAGUAUCCUGAGCGGAACAUAUGUCAGUAAGACAUUACCACCUGAUCUAGUGUACGUGGCUGAGGAAGCGAGGGCCUACGCCUUGACCAAGGCCAAAGAGCUCAAGAACCAGUUGUGCUCUGACCACCCCUCUUUCAUCAAGCCCAUCUCCAAUUAUGCUGCCACAAGUUCCUGGCUGAACAUCCGGUCACAGGUCAAUAAGAGGUAUCUGCCGUGGAGUGAUGAGAUGAUCUUUCUGGUGGAUGAAGAGGAUGGCGAGUUUCAGAUGCCUUACUAUGCACUAAGGGGUUCCUUUGGCACUGGAUGGAAAUGGUUCGCCAUCGGUCACAAGCUGGCUGAUGGUGAUUGCUUGGUGUUCCAGCUAGUUGAGAAGACAAAGUUCAAGGUUUACAUAAUUAGAGCAAGUUCCUAUCACGAAAAGGACCUGUUGACGCCUUUAGCUCAACUAUUGCGGCUGCAGAAGGGCAAAAAAAGGAUCCAUGGAGCGCAACAUAAUCUUUGAAGAAGCCGUUAUCUGACCCCCUAAAGGUGCAACAGCGGCUGGCCUCAUCCUCUAGCAUUCAUAUUUUACCUGAGCCGGAUAAGAUGCCAUGUUGAAUGCAAUUUGUCUGACCUUAAUACAGAGUAAGGUUAAGAUCAAGCUUCCUGAAAUUACAGAUUCUUCAGCACUUGCUUGAAGACUGUUCAUCGCACCUGUGUGGCUGCUAAUUAGUUAGUACCUUUAAUUGUUGAGCGAGAAAUUUAUCUCAUUUUCUUUAUCUAUGAAGUUGUUAGGAUUCCAAAC